UUUCUAUCAACUAUAUCCAAGUUCAUAAAGAGAAAGAAAAUUUUGUCAUCGCUUGUUUACGUCCUUCACAAAACGUGAAAUUAGGCAUUUUCACGUGGUAGUCGUUCAGUGACGGCAAAGAAAUAUACAAAAAAGCCUGAUGCACGUGCAAAGUUGUUGUUUUGCCUUGUCAAGCUAUUGCUUUUUCUACUUUCUCGUCGCCGCUUCAUCUUAAACUUCCUAUUAUUUACGAUACAUUGUGAUCCGUCAGAAACAGCAUUUUCUCAUUGCAAAUUGAAUUGCUCCUGCUGAUAGCAUCCGAAACGUUUUUCGACUCAUCGGUAGUUCCUUCGUUUCUGGUUAGGAAAGCUUGGUGAACGAACCGGGCAACUGUGUCGAGAUAAUAGCCGUCGUGUACGAACUCACGAAAAGAACUCGGGAGAAACUGUUCACCGAUUGGGCACAAUAAUACAAAGCAUUUUUUGUGCCCAAUCAGGAACCAGCAUUCUCUUGACCGUUUGGUAAUGGUCCGGUGAGAGUCGGUAGCCAGGGGCUCUUCCGCCCAUGCUUGAAAACUUUUGUCGCGCCUUUUAACCCGGCCCAACUAACUGCCCCUGGGUCUCCGAGGAUGAACAAAACCUGAAACUUACUUUUUCGCAUUAUUCAGAAAUUCAUGUUCAAACAGAGGUAAUUUGUUUAUUCUAGUUUAUUCCUUUUGCAGUAAGGCUAAGGUUCUGUUCGCACUAUAAAGGCUUUCAUAUUUGUUUUUGUUUUUGUUUGGUUUUGUUUUGCUUUUGCAAAAAAAUCUGUUGAUAGGAAGCCAUUCAGGUACAAACACCAAACUCUAUUUUUUUGUUGUUGUUGUAGUGUGAACAGGGCGAGGUCUUUGCUUAGUUAAGAAAACUUUUUUUCCAUGUUUCGCACACACUUUAUCUCCCAUAUUGAAAUUUCUCUACGGGAAUUUUAUACUGUCCUCAGAGUGCAAGCAAUUAUUUUCAUUUUGAAUGCGAGCUUUUAGUCAAUAAGGAACAGCUGUCUCUGAAAAUAAGAUGGGAUCUCACCAACUGGAUCUAAGCAGACAGCUAUUAGUCCCGUACAAUGUAAGCUGAUGUUCUACUUGGAGAUUGACUUAUUUUUAAUCUUUUUUUUUGUUAAUUAUAUUUCAGACUGGUGGUUCAAGUAAGGUGAUGUCAGGAAAGGUAUUUAUAACCAUCUAUAAUUUGACCUCUCACACUUUUCCUGGAAUUAUUGUAAAAUGCCUGGUAAUUAACAUUUCUGUGAUCCUAGCAGCUGAUAUUACAGGGAAAGAUUGAAACAGAUCAUCGCAGUAUCAGCACAAUCUCAGCUAAAUUAGUUUGAUAUUCCCCACUACCCCUCCUCAAUUAGAGAAGCUAAUACAUCCCAUCCUUUCCUUAUUGACCAAACGCUUUGCUCAAUUUCGUUCGUGGAACAUCCAUGUUCAUUCUUGAUUAGGAUCUUUCGGCUCAAAGGGUGCGGGACCCUACCCCCGAGUCAGGGGAGCUUGCUUCCAGGCCAUGUGCCUCUGUCAAAUGUUAUUUAUGAUAUUUAAUUUUUUUUCCACAGGUUGUUGGUAUUAUUAAGAGAAACUGGCGGCCUUACUGUGGUGUCCUAUCCAAGUCUUCAAAACCACAGGUUAAAAUAUCCAGAUACUUCUGUAUUUAUUGCUACCUUAUCUUAUCAAAUAUAUAAAAGCUGUUUAUCACAUGGUGCUUCCCUGUAGUCGCAGAAGGAAAACUACUUGAAUAAAUGAAAAAUUGUAAGAUUGUGGAUUGCUUCACCUUUUACUUUGGUUUUGAAUUAACAGGGGACGCGACACCUGUUCAUAGCGGCAGAGAGAAGGAUCCCGAGGAUUGUCAUUGAAACACGUCAGGCUGACACACUGGAAGGGCAAAGAAUUGUGGUUAGCAUCGACUCCUGGCCUCAGCAUUCAAAGUACCCUGUGGUAAGACUGGCAUUAUUUCAUGUGUUUUCUCUUUUGUGGACCAAAAAUGAAACUUAGUAGAUCACGAGUAGUCUCUCAUUUUCCAUAGGGAUGAUAGGGCGAGUGAAAUACGCGAGCGCGCGUGAUAAUCGCCUCUCGCGAGGAAGGUAACGCGGCGAUUCAUUCACGCGAGCUCGUCCGUUUCGCUCGCUCAACUAUCCCUGAGGAAAGUGAGGGAGUGCUCUUAGUUCAGGAAACUAGCAAAUGUUUGCAACUUUUUUCCUUGGCCCAAAACAGGUUAAACUUUUCACAGUUGCCUAUGUUUCCGUCUGUCGAGGUAGAUCACCGAGUUCAAGUGGCCGCUAUCUUGAUUUCUUAUGACAAGCGAAAACUAGCAAGAAUACACAUAGUCUAUGGGUUACUCUGUGAUAUGGUUAGAUUGUCUAAGAGGACUGAAGACAAACUAAACUACAAUGUACAGUCUCAGACAAAAAUAGUUGGGACACUUCCACCCAACACUGUUUUUUUCAGUUCUGGCCCGUCUCCUCGUCCUCCCAAUGUUGGUUAUCGCAGUUAACUCACCAAAUCUUGCACGCCAACAUUGGGAGGGCAAGAAGACAGCAAAGUGUCCCAACAAUUUUGACUGAGACUGUAGGUAGAUCGCGUUUCGAACGACGAGCGUCGCGGCUCGAGAGGCGAGAGUCUCGUGUCGCAAGAGGGUUAAAAGGGUUAAAGGAGCAAGUGUCACCUUUCAGAACGGGUCGUGUUUACUAUCAAAUAACUGAAAUUCUAUAUCAUUUAAGUCCCAUAAUUUGAAGUACAAUCUUUUUUAAUCGCACCAGCGGCACUUUUUUUCUGAAUUAUUUUAGGGCCAUUUUGUACGCAAACUGGGCGUAAUUGGCGACAAGGAGACAGAAAAUGAAGUGCUUCUGUUGGAGCGGGAUGUACCACAUUUGCCAUUCUCAGCAGCUGUUCAAAAGGACCUUCCCGCCAUGCCUUGGGGGAUAACUGAUGAGGUUUGGUAUUUCUCUUUAGGUUUCAAUUCACUAAGGACAGAAGUAUUCAUUAACUCCAAAUUUAGUGGCGCGAAGGAUCUGAUGGGAAGGAGGAAAGCAAGGGGUUGAGGCGACAGGGAAAUCUUGUGCCCUCCUCUCCUCUCCCUUCCCAUCACACCCUGCUCUCGCCGUACGCGUUACGAAGAAGACUGGGGACUAGUCUUUGAUUUCUGGUUUCAAGAAAUGUUUCAAGACGCAUUUUCCAAGGUAUCUUUUGAACUUAAAUGUGAUGUAAAUAAAUCAUUAACCCUAGCUCAUUCUUCAUGAUGUUUGUAGGAUGUGAAAAGUCGUAUGGACCUGCGCCAUAUUGCCGUGUGUAGCAUUGAUCCUCCUGGCUGUACAGACAUUGAUGACGCCUUACACUGGACAAAAAUGGAGAAUGGGAACUAUCAGGUAGAACAAAGUAGGAAACACAGAAAGAAAGCAUUGAAACUUGUACGAUAAUCCAAUCAAAACAAAUGUUUUGGUUGCAUGCAAAGGAGGAAAUAACUUUGGUAUUAUUUCCGAAGGUCUAGUAGCAAAAAAAUGGUCGCAAUACAACCAACAUUCAAAAUUAACAGUUAAUGGUGGCAAAAGAUUUUUAACUACAUUUUCAUGAUCAAUAUUGAGCCCACCGAAUUCGAAGCCUGGCCUUAUCAGAACCUUUGGAAUGCGGUUUUAGUAGGUUUUAAUUGAGCUUUUUUUGUGGUAGGAUUAGUGUAGCAGAGAAGAUGUCAACGACCCUUUGCGUUCGAAUCUAUUAAACUCAUGCCUAUGAACAGCCAGAAUUUUCUUAUUUUCAGUAUUUUAGAAUCAUGUUUAAAUGGACGUAAGAGUCGAUGUUCGUUCACAUGAUUCAAGCACCCCUUGUUUGUGGAUGUGUAUGACCUGAAAUCUUAUUCCUUCAACCUGUUCUUAUCCACAACUCUUAUCACAGUUUUCUCUCUUUCUACAAGGUCGGUGUACACAUAGCAGAUGUAACGCACUUCAUCAGACCGGGCACAGCACUAGACGACGAAGCUGGUAAUAGAGGAACCACAGUUUAUCUUACAGACAAGGUGAUUCGAUCUUUCGAUUCGAUUAUUUGGGGCAUGUCAUAGAGCUUCGCUUAAUGUAGGGGAGUCGUUGCAGUGCGGUAAUGGUUUCGCCGGAAAACUGCAAUAAAACUGCCAGUAGCGAUCCUGUGAUGGCACUAAUGAAACGUCAACUUAUAUUCUUUGACACCUUUUUUUUUCGGUACAGCGCAUUGACAUGGUGCCAGGCCUUCUCAGUUCAGACCUCUGUUCCUUGAGAUCCAAUGUUGAUAGGUUUGUAAUAACCGUAUUCUUAAAAAUGUUCCGCUGAAGUGACAAUUCCCCAUUUAUUUACACUGGAUUAAAUAACAAUUUUGAGCAAAACAAGCACUGCAUUUCCUUUUUUCCGACCUUGUUUUUACUUUACGUACCCUACAAUCUUUAAAUUAAUUGUUAACAACCCAGUGCUUGUUACAAUACCGUAUUUAUUCGAAUAAGCGCCCAACCUCGAAUUAGCGUCCACCUCGAAUAAGCGCCCAUCCUAAAGGCAGAAAAAGUUAAUAAGCGCCCAACCUCGAAUAAGCGCCCACCCCCUCCUCCUCCCAAUCAAACUAAAAUAAGCGCUCACCCCCAGCCCACCAGCUUGAGUGAAUAAAUUGUAAUACGAGACUUCCCCGAGGACGGAGUUUUCUUCAGAGUAUUUUACAGAAACCUUGCUUUGUUACUUCUUCGCGUAUUGCUAUUAGCAUUUAUUGUUUUGUUGCAAAAUAAACAUACUUCACUUGCUGAAAAUGGUGAAAAUUUAAUAAGCGCCCAGCCUCGAAUAAGCGCCCACUCUCAAGGUCCAAAAAUUUAAUAAGCGCCCAGGGCGGUUAAUCGAAUAAAUACGGUAUGUAUAUUUUGUGAUUCAAUUUUAUCCUCGAUUCAGUUUUUAUUUCCUUUUGUUUCAAACGUAUUAUUACUAUACCCAAAACAGAGUUUUCUUAUGUGCGGAUCGUUAGUUUGAAUUAAUAUUUCAUUAAUGUGGAAGCAGACCAUCAUCAUUUGAAAAGUGCUUGACGGUGCCACACUUUACUUUGUAGACUGGCAUUUUCCUGUUUGUGGGAAAUGACGCCACAAGCUGAAGUUGUCUCCACAGAGUUCACAAAGAGUAUCAUCUGUUCAAGGGUACGUCUGUUUAAAAUACUGUUAACUUCCAGUUAUAUACCCGGGGCUUAUACAACGUCGUAAGGGGUUUUAGAAGGGCUUACCAACCGGGAUCUUAUAUGCGGGGGAGCUUAUAACUGGACUAAAAAAACGUUCAAAACAAGAUACAUGGCAGUGCUGUUUAACAUAAUUUUUGAAUUUACUCAGUUUUUCAGGGUCAAAACGUCUGAAAAAUCGAACUUAUUUCAAUACAAACGAUAGGGAGCCUUAUAUCCGAGGAGCUUACCUUAACCUUAAAAUUAACGCUUCAUGAUGUUUAAGUAUUGGAAAUUAACGCGACUUAAAUUAACGCGAAUUUAAUAGGCAACGACUCUCAUAAAGGAAAUUAAUGCGAAAGUAGAGGGUAACAUUUCCAAAUGAAGUAAAAUUAACGCUGCUUCACAAAGAAACCAAACUUUUUGAGACAACUGUGACAAAGUUAAACGUAUAAUCCGAUAUGGAAACUUUUUCUUUUUGUUGGUUACAGGUAAAUGGGCCUAUAGCUUGGGGAAAGGGGAGGGAAGCUUGUAAGUGGGGGUGGGGUUUAUACGUGAAAGUUUACGGUAUGUUUUCAGAAUUCACAUAUUCUAUUUAAAUUCGCCUACAAUGUACACUACCGUAAAGGCGCACAGAUACAGGAGCCAGUGGGUCAGCAAGAAUCCAACUUGCAGUCAGAGCGGGACUCGAACCCAGGACCACUGGAUUGUGUCUGACACGCUGACCACUCGGCCGCUGCCUCCAGGUGUCAGCAAGAUAGUGCAGUGCGUGAUUAACCCUGUGACUGAAGAGAAUUCCAUCCACAUCAAGUAGUUCCCAAAACUAGAACCUCAAAUUGUCUUUUGUUGAAUUUAGGUGUCCUUUACGUACGCUGAAGCUCAGAUGCGGAUCGAUGACCCAAGCCAAACAGAUGAAAUAACCACGAGUCUUAGACACCUUAACAAACUGGCAAAGAUCCUUAAAGCAAGACGCAUUGAUCAGGGGUAGAGAAAGUUCACUUACACGUAUUAAAGUAAAACUGUACGGUUUUAUGUUGCAGAAAAGCAGACUUUGUUGUUUGUCCGUCUUUUUAUUUACAACAACUGACUGCUCUCGUUAAAAUUUACGUCCAUCCUGAUCUUAAUUUCAGGGCUCUCACGCUUGCAUCACCAGAAGUUCGGUUUCAUAUCGAUAGCGAGACACAUGACCCAGUGGAUCUUCAAACAAAGGAGCUGAAGUAAGUGUUCAGUACGAGUGUGUCUCUAAGUCCGAUUAGAGUCAAAGCCCACCGCCAGGAGCGGAUUACUCUAGAUUCAUCCACAGGAUUAAGGAUUAAACGGAAGAAAAAGGAAACCUGUGUUACAUUUCUCUCCCACACCUUUUCCGAUUUUCGGCUUGUCUUUUGACAGAAAAUUAAGUGACUGUAGUGUUGCAAAGUAACCAAAGUGAACUGAUUUACCUACAUUUUUUGCCUCACUUUUCUCAUUCUUCGUUUUUCAGAGAAACAAACUCACUGGUAGAGGAGUUCAUGUUACUCGCUAAUAUUUCAGUUGCCAAGAAGAUUUUUCAGCAUUUUCCAGAGUUUGCAGUUUUAAGAAGACAUCCGUCACCCCCACCCGCAAACUAUGACAUCCUAGUGAAGGCAGCACGAUCCAAGGUCUGUAGAAAUUUCGUAACUACCUUACAUUCUGCUAUUGUGGCACGUUUUUAGUGGCAACUAAAGGAAAUAUAACGGGUAUUUAAAGGUAAAGGUAUUUAACACUCGCCUGGUACAGAAGUGGAUUGAUUGUUGGAUAAACUUAAUGGUAGAAUUUCACAUUAGUUGUGACAAGAAUGGAUACCUCAAAGUCAGAUUGUCAUCUUCACUCAAAAUACAUGAUAGGAGUCUUAAUUAUAACUUAAAGUAGUAAAUAAGAGAAUAAAGAAAACAGAGGAAAACAGUAGGUAGUAUGUAGGACUUGAACCCGCGUCAUUUGAUGUAUAAUCCAUGUCCGUAUCCACUACACUAUCAAGGGCUAACUGCCGAGAUCGGUUGAUUUUAACGCACUUUACAUGGUAUAAAUCUUUACAUUAUUGAAAGCUAACCGUUUUUAAAACAGUGCUUAACCCUAAUCAUAGUACUUCGGUGCUAAACCCUGUAUUCAACUCUUUUCCUCCCACAAUUGUCUCCGGUUACUCUGAUUUCCCCACUUUUCUCAAAAGUGUGCUCAAUACUUUCACAUAAAUAUAGUUUUGCGUGGUAUAGAGUAUAGCGUUGUAAUAAACAUAAGGUGUCCAACCUGAUUUUAAGGUAUCCAUUCUAGUCGAAACCAUUUCAUAUUACUCGUAGGAAAUUUGCAUUAACUUACACUUCCGUUAUUAUGGCUUCCGUAACAUACUUUAAACAUACUUUAAUUUUUUGUCCGCUACAAUUUAAAGUACACUGUAGGCACACGUUUCUCCCACUUUGAUGCACCCACCCAAGCGCUCUCCAGCUAUUAUUACAGAUUUAUGUUUUUAUGUCAAACAAAAUAUUGUUGCCUUUCUAUUUCUGAUGUGAGCGCACGCCAGUAUUUCCUUUUCUCUCUUCUUACUUGGCAUCUUGCGCACAAAUUGUAUGUGCUUAUGAGUUCCAACGCAAGUUUUUAUUUUCCAUCUAAUUCGCAUCUUUAAACAAAUAAAUAUAUAAAACGAUUUAUUGGUAGCACAUCCACAAGGUGGUUCCUCCUAUAACAAGACUUCUGAUCGACUUUCCGAAGUGCCCGGAAAACAAUCCUCUCGAAGUAAGGGUGUAAACCAACAAGUUGAUCCACAGUGACUAUUAUUUAAUCCACAAUAAUACAUGCUGUUUGCCCCCAAAUUUUGCAUAAGUUGCUAACUGCUCUUUGGAAUAUGCAGUCAUCCCAAGAGCUUCUGAAAACAACAGGUUAUGCAGAAUUUUUGGAGGGGGCAAACCGAGUCUAUUAUGGGAUAAAAUAGAAAAAAGAAUGUCGACGGAGGGACUUGAACCUAUACCAAUCUGGUAGGAGGACAGUGCACUCGCUACUAUUUCAAAGACUUUCCUAUAAAAAUGAGAUAUAUUUGGAUGAAAGUAAAAAAAUCAUUUUCGUAUCGAAGGCUUUGCGCAUGCCUCCUUCCAAAAAAUAGGCUUUAUGCAACUCGAAAAUGACCUAUCAAUAAGUAACCGAUCCCGCGGAGUCACAUGGAAAAUGGUUUGGUCAAAUGACGGGCUGUAUAUCACAAAACAAAGCCAUGUUUUUUUUUCUGCUGUCAGGGUGUGCAUCUUGAGGUCGACAGUGCCAAAUCCCUCGCGGUCUCUUUGGAUGCUGCUAAUAUCCCGGAUGAGCCCUACUUUAACACGCUGCUUCGUAUUAUGGCAACAAGAUGCAUGAUGCAAGCGGUUUACUUCUGUUCGGGAAUGCUUGCGGAAGAGGAGUUCCUGCAUUAUGGCUUGGCAACUCCAAUCUAUACGCAUUUUACCUCACCAAUCAGACGGUUCGUGAUAACAUAUGUUUGUUUCCUAUUUAAUAACUUCAGUGAAAAUCGCCAUUACUCAUGUACUAGCCAGUAACAUUUGCCUUGCUCCACAUGAAAAGCCAUUAACUAAAAGGCUCAGUGAACCAAAAUAGAACACUCUUUGGUGCGUUUCUUAUGUUUUGCAUAUCGCUGUUAUAUACCACGGUAGAUUGUCUUUCCUCUAUUUGAAAAUAAAGGAUAGCUGAUUCUUGAAAAAGUAAGUCAUGUGAAGCAAAUUUGACAGUUUUCAGCCAUGACACUAAGACACUUGAGUGGUGGUGUCAUUGUUUUUGUUUUUGUGUUGUUUCUUUUUCUCUUUGUUCUUUUGGUAUCAUCUUGAGACUUGAGUUGCUUUUGAGCUUAAAAGCUCGCUAUCGUCUCUCUUAACCUACGUGUGAACGUUACGCUUAGUGCAGCCUAGUGACGUAUCCAUGGACGCAUGAAUGUAAACAGAACUGAAAAGUACCAGUUGGACUGAUGGAUCAUGGUCCCUACCUGGCGCACAGAAAAUACCAAAAUGGAUUUAAAACUGAACACAUUAUGAACUUGCAUCGUACUGAAACUAAAUUAUACAAUAUUUUCUACAGCUAUUCAGACAUAAUGGUACAUCGGUUAUUAGCUGUGGCAAUUGGAGCUUUAGAUUCAUACCCAGACCUCCUCAACAAAGCCAAAACGCAGGUGGGUGCUGCUCUAACACAACAGGAUUCCCACGCUCUUUCCUCGUUUAGGAGUUUUCUUUUGAGGCUUUUUUAGUUCGUAUUUCGAAAGUCAGGGUAGAGUAUGGAGUAGAUAGUCCAAUUGAUUUGACGUGAUGUAACUAGGGAUGAAGGCAUUCGCAAUGUAUUAGUUUAACAUUUCAGAUAGCAACAUGGAGAUGACAAUUCUAUCUUCAGGGAACCACUGAAGGUUAACGUUAAUUCAGGAUGCGAGAUGUAUAUGUUGCAGUGAAAUUUAUUUUUCUUUUGUUUCAAAUUCGAUAGCAUUCAUUACCUCACCCAAAAACAAAGGAAAAACAUAAGAAUUUAACAAACCUUUUAGUGCCAAUAACAUACUAUUAUCGUUAUGUUCUUUUUUUUUUAUUUUCUUUUCUAGAAACUGUGUAAUCAUCUAAAUUUCCGUCACAAAAUGGCUCAGUAUGCUUCCCGGGAUUUCAUUGACCUACAUUGUCAGGUA